UAUUUCACAAUUGGAUACCAAGAAUCGAUUGGUUCAGUACGAAAGUUUUAUUUUGUGUUGUUCGUUUUGCCUUUUGUUUCGAGAGAAAUUUUAUCCACAAAAAUAUUACAAUAAGGACAAUUUAAGUGUUUUAAAUUUUGAUAAUUUUUUGCAAUUGACAUCUGAAGCUUAGUUAAUUGUAUAAUAGAUUGAAACUAGAACCUUUUUGGCAAUAAUUCGUAAUUUGCUUUUGAAAAAAUAAGGAUUGCUGAAAAUCAAAUCCUAUCAAACAAAGACAAAGGAAAUAUUCAUAAGAAACGUAAACACAGCAGUACUAAAAAACGUCGAUUCAUUUUCGUGAGAGAUUCCCAGGCCAUAUAUGAACGUAGGAGAAUCUUAAUUACUUCCUAAACAUUUAUUUUCCCAUCACUCACUGCCAACGAAUUUCAUUACCACUGCAGCAACAACAAUAAAAAAAUUGCAGCAGCAGCAACGACAAUUCCAAACAUAUAGAUCAAAAACAUACAUACACAUUUGUCAAAUCCGCAUAGAGCAACUACGUCACAGUACAUCAUACAUACAUACGUAUAAACAAAACACAUCGACCCGGCACAAUGGAUGAUGAACACCGUAAACUUAUUGAAAAAAGCAUUGAUCGCUUAAUAACAUGUACAAAAUUCGAUGAAUUAUCCCACGCCUGUUUCACUAUGAAUCUGUUGUCAAAAGUAAUGUUACAGAAAAUUAAUCGUGUUCCAGAAAAUCAAAUGCAAUUAUCCGAUGCUGAGAAGCAAGUGGAACGUCACCGAAGACUGUUCAAGAAAAUUACCCAACGUGGUCCAGAUGCGUUCAAUAAGCUGUGUGAUAUAUGUGCCGCCUUGCAUUAUGACACAGCUUUAGGAAUACUGAGGCCGGACAGAUACGUUUCGAUAAAGAGCAAUAAAAUGGCGAUAUCAUCGGGAUCAAUGAACCAUUGUCAACAGAAUGCUAAUUAUAUUAACAAUAACACCAGCAGCAAUAAUAACGAUGAUAGUAGACGCAGCAGUAUAAGCAUCGAUGAUGAUGAAGACAAUGGGGAUGGAGCUUAUCAGCAGACUGACCGCAGACGUAGCAGCAGUAAAACAUUGGACUCUGUGAGUGUACUGCAAGAGUAUACUGGUGAAAUUUGUCCCAAAGAUAAGUUUGAAGUGAAAAGAGCCGCAAGGAUACUUAAGCAUCCUAGUUUGGACACAUAUCCAAUGCAGUCUAAAGAAAAUCGUGGAGUUUUCUUUAUGGUUAAUAUGAUCAACUUUCCCGUGGAAACGCAUCGUCGAGAUGGUGCUGAUGAGGAUACACAUUCACUGCUGUAUCUCUUCAAACAGCUGGGAUUUAAGUUAUUCUCCUAUACGAAUCUAUCACACGAAGUUUUCUUUGACAUAUUGGGUAAACUUCUGAAAUCAGAUUACACGAAGAACACGGAGUGCUUUGUAAUGGCACUUAUGACCCAUGGUGAUAUGGAUGACAGUGUGCAGCGUAUUACAUUCAGUGAUGGCUCUGUGGUCAAAGUGAAAGAUAUUGAGGAUUAUUUCAAUCAUCAUGUCUGUGAGAAUCUGGUGAAUAAACCUAAAAUAUUCCUAUUCCCAUUUUGUCGCGGUGAUAUGUUGGAACAUGGUGUCAUCAAUAAAGUACAGACUGAUAGUAUACAAUACAAUACACAUAGAAUUAAAAAUAUACCCAUCUUAUCCGAUUUGAUUGUCUGCUAUGCCACAUCGGAGGGUUUUAAGGCUCAUCGCGACCCGGCCGAUGGAUCGUGGUACAUCCAGAGUUUCGUUAAGAAUAUGGCGAAAAAUGCUCAUGAUACAUCCUUUGAAGAUAUCCUUAAGAAUAUUCAAGCCGACACAUUGAAAUUACGAACAAUUGACGGAAGUUUGCAGACAGCCAAUUAUGUGAAUAGAGGAUUCAAUAAGGCAUUGUAUUUUAAUCCUCGCAUUUGGCUGGAAUAAAGUUCAUACAGUAUUGCAAUGUAGUAGUAGUCGUAGGUGCUAAAAUUAAUAUUUUUUGAUAUAAUUAUAUUUUUAUACAAAAAGUGCAUUUGUUUUUUUACAUAUAAAUGUAGUUUAUGUAAGUUUUUAUUACAAAUCAUGUCUUCGCUGUUCUAUACAUAUAAAAUAUAAAAAAAUAAAUAAAAUUAUAUUUUUAGUAUGCUGGUUAAAAAGCAUACACAACAUUAA